UCUCUCUCUUGUUCUCUCUCUCUCUCUCUCUCUUCUUUGUUUUCCGAGUGUGUUGUUGAGAGAAGCCGAGGAAGAAAGGCAAUGGACGGAGGCGCACAGCACAAUCCUCGGACGGUAGAGGAGGUCUUUAGGGAUUACAAGGGCCGCCGUGCUGGAAUGAUCAAGGCCCUUACUACGGAUGUCGAGGAUUUUUAUCAGCAGUGUGACCCGGAGAAGGAGAAUCUUUGUCUCUAUGGAUUUCCAAGUGAGCUGUGGGAAGUUAAUUUACCUGCUGAAGAGGUCCCACCUGAACUUCCAGAACCAGCAUUAGGUAUCAACUUUGCCAGAGAUGGGAUGCAAGAAAAGGACUGGUUGGCUCUCGUUGCUGUUCAUAGCGAUGCAUGGCUACUUUCAGUUGCCUUCUAUUUUGGUGCAAGAUUUGGUUUUGACAAAGCUGACAGGAAGCGCCUCUUCAAUAUGAUAAAUGAUCUUCCUACAAUCUUUGAAGUUGUGACUGGAGCUGCUAAAAAACAAGUAAAGGAAAAGUCAUCUGUCACAAAUAAUAGCAGCAACAACAAGUCCAAGUCAAAUCCUAAACCGGUUAAGUACUCAAAAGUCCAAGCAAAGGAUGAGGAGGAUGGAUUUGAUGAAGAAGAAGACGAGCACGGUGAUACCUUGUGUGGAGCUUGUGGUGAGAACUACGCGUCAGAUGAAUUCUGGAUUUGCUGCGACAUAUGUGAGAGGUGGUUCCAUGGCAAGUGUGUGAAGAUCACCCCUGCCCGGGCUGAACACAUAAAGCAGUACAAAUGCCCAUCAUGCAGCAACAAGAGGCCACGGCCUUGAUAUUCCCUACAAGUGCUACGCUUCACUUAACUGUAAUUGUCUUAUUUCGGCUCACCUAAACAUCUCAUCUGCCAUCCCCCAUAACUGCUAGGCAUGUGUAUUGAAGUUUCGGCCCAUAACUCUUGUUUAUCAGGAUAAUGUACUAUUUCCUAAUUUGAAUUCACUUCCAUUUGAUAUAUAUUACAGGGGGAUCUUAAAUGUUG